CCGGCGCAGAACCGCGCGCGAGGCGACGACUGCUUUGACGUCCUCGUCCAUGGUCUCCUGGCCGGCGCCAUGGCCGCCUCUUCUUCUCCGGCGGUCCCCUGCGAUUCAGCGUAACGCUUUUCCGGGAACCUGCCUUCAGAGCGCCACACGCGCGCCCUUCCUGAGCUGAAAGGUGCAGAGGCUGCGGAAUCCUACCUGCCGGGGCUGUCUCAUCAGAGGUGUGGAGCAUCGCGCUGGUGACUGCUGGACGAGCUCAGGACGACACGAUCUGGUGGGGCGAGCGUUCUGCGGGGCCGGGGACAUGGCGUCGCUCCAUAAAGAACCGCUGGAGAUGGCCCUGGCGAGGGCCUUUGGGGAGGGAGGGCCCCUCGCGGAGGUGUAUGUUGGAAAGAUGAGAUUCUCAAAGCUGAUCCUUGGGAUUUGCGGGAAGCUAGAGCGACUGAAAACGUUUCACGCAGACGAGAUUGCGUCCAUCAAAAAGGGUUUUGAAGAGGAGAAGAAGGAACUGCUGGGCCUCACUGCGGCCGCCAAGGGACAGCCAACCACCGCACGCCAAGUGGAGGCCCAGCCAGUCGCCAAGACUGGCGUGGAUGAGGCCAGGCUGGCUGGCAGCGCCGCAGAGGGACGACCUGGGGCGGAGUCCGCGGAUGUUGCAACGCUACGCGGGCUGCAGGCGCAGGUAGCGGAGCUGCGCGCAGAGCUGGAGGCAUGCGCUGCGGCGCAGGAGGAGAGCGUGACGGGCAUCCAGGUGGUGGCCGCGCAGGGAGCCAGGUCUGGCUGCCCAUCGUGCCAGGCGGUGAAGGCCACGGUGGGUGCCUGGCGCGCGGCAAACGGGCUGGCGGGCGCGGGCGAGACGGUGGCGAGCGCGUACGCGAAGCUGGACCUGCGCGACCGCGAGGCGCUGCUGGCCAUCCUGGACCUCGAGAAGGCCGCGCCCGCCGCGGGGCCGCACGACGCACCCCCCGUAGGCGACGAGCUGACAGCGGAGGGCCUGCUGGAGCGGAUGACCGACGCCAGUGCGGAAGGAGUCAAGCUGCGGGGCGGCAGCGCGGGCGCGGAGCGCGACGCGCGGGCGGCAGACGGGGACGUGGACGCGGGGUCGAGCCGCAGCAGCGACGAGACGUGGAGCUACGAGGAAGAGCAGAGAGGGGACUCGCGGGGGAGCGCGGCGGUGGCGCAAUUGGCGGCGCUGUCGGAGGCGCUGGACGCGGAGGCGGAGGCGCUCAAUCUGCGGCUGACGGCGGAGCGCGGGGUGGUGGGGGCGCCCGAGAGGAGCGACUGGGCGCAGGAAGCCAAGGAGGCGCGCGUGAGAAGGGCGGCCGCGGAGGCGCGUGCGCGGGGGGGCAAGGCGAAGGCUGCCUCGAGUAAGCCUCUGAAUGAGCCUUCGCGUCCCCCCAGCCGGCUGGGCCGCCUGCCCGUCAAGACCGCGCGCUACUCAGACAGCGAGUACGACUUCGAGCUGGAGGAGGCCCCCCCUGCGCGCAAGCGGCCGCGCCCCGACUCGCUGCGCCCGCUGGAGGAGCGGCCCAGCAUGCCGCCGCUCACGCCGAGCCCCACCUGGAAGCUGAACGCCCAGCCCGACUGGAAGCCCGCCGGGCCGUCCCCGCGCGCCGUGCUGGGCCUAGCCUCGCCGCAGGCAGCGCGGGGUGGAGCGGGGAGCCUGCCGACCCCGCGCGUGACCAAGGCGUUGGGAGGCGCCGACUUUGUGCGCGAGCUGGACGCGUUCUGCAAGCCCAAGCACGGCAAGGACGGGCCGCGCUUCGAGGGCAAGCUGCGAAUCUGGAAGAGCGGCGAGGUCGUCAUGUUCUGCCGCUGCGACGCCUGCACCGCCAAGCACGGGCCAGAGGGCGUGGGCAUGUCCCCGGUGGAGUUCGAGGUGCACGCGGGCCGCGGCGCGACCAAGAAGUGGCGCCACAGCAUCUGGGUGGCCUACCCGCAACUGCAUGGCCCACCGCAUGAGUCCACCAUAGAAAAGUGCGAGGAGCUCAACGGGGGCAAAAACCUCACCCCGGUCGGGCUUACCGCGCCCGGGGCCGCCACGCCCCGACCGCCGCCGCCGCCACCCGCCAUGCAGCGGCACGCGGACCAGCUAGUGCAGUGUAAAUCGUGUGGGAAAUGGCGGCGCUUCCGGCGUGCGGUGCCGUCCGACUUUGCGCGGGCGGCGCGCGCGGCGGCGGACCCCGACUGGAAGUGCGCGGACCACUACGACGCGAGCGUGGCGAGCUGCCACAUCCCGGAGGAGCGGUCGAGCCGCAACCGGCGGCCCGGGUGCGAGGCGUGCUACUUCAGCGAGCUCGGGUGCGCCAAGUGCCGCGACUGCACCGGCUGCAAUUACUGCCGCCCCGCGCAGCCGCCCGAGGUGGAACUGCUCGAGUGACAGGCGGCACUGGCGGGCCUUGCGAGGGACGGGGGAAUGUAUAGCGGUGUGUUUGUCAAUCCCGUGUAAGGGUUGCCCGUCAAAGGUAGCGGUCGCUAAUCUGGAAUUCAUAAAUGGUAAAGUUAAGAAUGUCGACACUGGCCAGUUCGUUGACCCCUUCAUCGUAGGCAGGGCUAUCCGCUUUGGAUUGGAUUGCGUUUUCCAAGCUUCUACUGAGUAAGUAACAUACCAUGGUCUAUAAUCAGGCUCUUGCAGUGAGGUUAUUUUCGUCAAUCUCUAGGCAGAUUGUUGCAUCGACUUCUGCACUUAUGAUUGGCCAGAUUUGUCAGCAUGCGGUGCCUGCGGUUAGGCAAGGCAAUACCUGCAGUCGGCCGGGCAGUCAGAAUCUUGAUGUAUGCCGGGACAAGAGACAAGCUCACUUGAUAAAUAUCGCCGCACUGUCUACGGCCCAUAAAACCAGGA